GCACUCGGCUAAUAAAGCCCUGAGUGGUGCUUGCGUCCCUCGUGGUCCCGCCCUUUCGGAGUAGCUCUUGCCGCUCUUCCACCGCCCAAGGUCCCAGGCGCUCCCCACAUCUUUCGCCUGAUAGCAGGCGCUAGGAGUCACCUGAAGCGGGAUAGCCCCUUUGGGAGCCAACCUGAGGUGAAGCGAUCAAUGCCUCAGACAGACAAGCAAGUAUGCAUCCCACCGGAGCUGCCGGAACUGCUGAAGCAGUUUACCAAAGCUGCCAUUCGGACGCAGCCUCCGGAUCUCAUCCAGUGGGCGGCCGAGUAUUUUGGGGCCAUGUCCCGUGGAGAGAUGCCCCCAGUGAGAGAGAGGUCUGAGCAAGUCACUUUGUCCAACUGGGCUGAGCUGACCCCCGAGCUGUUGAAGGUCCUGCAUUCUCGGGUUGCUGGCCGACUGAUCAUCCACGCAGACGAGCUGGCCCAGAUGUGGAAGGUGCUGAAUCUCCCAACAGAUCUGUUUAACAGUGUGAUGAACGUGGGUCGCUUCACGGAGGAGAUCGAGUGGCUCAAAUUUUUAGCCCUUGCGUGUAGCUCUCUCGGAGUUACCAUUGCCAAAACUCUCAAGAUAGUAUGUGAAGUGCUGUCCGGCGACCAUGAUGGAGGACAGCCCCGGAUCCCCUUCAGCACCUUCCAGUUUCUCUACACGUAUAUUGCCGAAGUGGAUGGGGAGAUCUCUUCAUCCCAUGUCAGCAGGAUGCUCAACUACAUUGAACAGGAAGUAAUUGGUCCUGAUGGCUUAAUCAAGGUGAAUGACUUUACUCAAAACCCUAGGGUUCGGCUGGAAUAAAAGCGCAAUUCUGACAGUUUUAAAGGAAGAUACAGAGAUGUACUUCAGAAUAAGUGAGCUCCAGACAUCACUCAAAGUCAAUUUUCUUUUACAACUGGCACAACUAAUAAACAAUUAGCCAGGAAUGUGUGGAAUUCAGGUGUAAGGUUGCUGGGACAAGACACUCGCACAUGGUGUAAAGGUGGCUCACAAAACUUGGCUACAAAACUCAUCUCAAGUCACAGCCAGACUGAAUUUUAAAAAGCAGAAGGCCGACUGCUGUGAUUGUGAUGCUUUGUGAUUGCUGGGUGUCAUUUACAUAAGGAUCCUGGUCAUCAACUUUUGCUCAUCCGCUGCUCCAUUUGCUCAUCAUGCAUCUAUUCAUUUAGUUACCAUUUUUUAUUGAGGUAUACGGUGGCAAGGUAAAAGUUAAAGUACUCAGUUGAACAUGAAUUUUAGAUGAAUAACAAAAAAAUUUGUGUAG